GAAAGCAUAGUGCGGAAAUGCAGAUGCAGGUGUUUCCCUCUGAACUCUCAUUCCCAUUUUCACUUCCAUGCGUUCAAUCUGUCAGUCCUCUCCUCCUCGUUCAGCUGCCACCAUAAACACCCUCCUCAAGGCCUGCAAGAGCAUUCAACACCUCCAGCAAGUCCACGCCUGCAUCAUCCACCGAGGCCUCGAGCAAGACCACUUCCUCAUUUCCCUCUUCAUUUCCCACACCCUCUCCUCUCCCUCCUACUCCUCCUCCGUCUUCCGCCGCGUCCUCGCCCCCUCCACCUUCCUCUGGAAUACCCUCAUCAAAUCCCACUGCCAAAACACCCUCUUUUCCCACACCCUCUCCGCCUUCGCCACCAUGAAGGCGCACGGGGCCCUUCCCGAUUCCUACACCUACCCUUUUGUCAUCAAGGCCUGCUCCGCCAUGUGCAGGCCCCGCCAAGGUAAAUCGCUUCAUGGCUCCGCUUUCCGGUGCGGCUUGGACCAGGAUAUCUACGUGGGCACCAGCUUGAUCGACAUGUAUGGGAAGUGUGGGGAGAUUGGUGAUGCUCGCAAGGUAUUUGAUGGAAUGUCUAAGAAAAAUGUGGUUUCUUGGACUGCUAUGGUUGUCGGGUAUGUCGCUGUUGGGGACGUUGUGGAGGCCAAGAAGCUGUUUGAUGAAAUGCCGCAGAGAAAUGUGGCUUCUUGGAACGCGAUGAUGCAGGGUUUGGUGAAGGUGGGGGAUUUGGGUGGGGCUAGAGGCGUGUUUGAUUCUAUGCCUGAGAGGAAUGUUGUUUCUUUCACCACCAUGAUUGAUGGGUAUGCCAAGGCGGGGGACAUGGCGGCCUCCAGGUUUUUGUUUGAACGUGCUCCGGAGAAGGAUGUUGUUGCUUGGUCUGCUUUGAUAUCGGGUUAUGUCCAGAAUGGUCAGCCUAAUCAGGCGUUGAGAGUGUUUCUCGAGAUGGAAUCAAUGAAUGUGAAGCCUGAUGAGUUCAUAUUGGUUAGCUUGAUGUCGGCUUCGGCGCAGUUGGGUCAUUUGGAACUGGCUCAGUGGGUUGAUUCUUAUGUAAGCAAGAGCAAUCAGGAUCAUGUGAUUGCAGCGCUUUUGGAUAUGAAUGCAAAGUGUGGAAACAUGGAAAGGGCGUUGAGAUUGUUUCAGGAAAAGCCUAAACAUGAUCUAGUCUUGUAUUGUUCGAUGAUACAGGGGUUAUCGAUUCAUGGGCGUGGAGAAGAGGCUGUGAAUUUGUUUAACAGGAUGCUGAUGGAAGGGCUAACUCCGGAUGAGGUGGCCUUCACAGUGAUCCUCGCGGCUUGUAGUCAUGCUGGUCUUGUUGAUGAGGGCAAGAACUACUUUCAGUCAAUGAAGCAAAAAUACUGCAUUAGUCCUUCACCUGAUCACUAUGCGUGUAUGGUUGAUCUUCUAGGCCGGUCAGGGCACAUAAGGGAUGCUUAUGAACUUAUAAAAUCAAUGCCUGGGGAGCCUCAUGCUGGUGCCUGGGGUGCACUUCUUGGGGCAUGUAAACUAUAUGGUGAUUCGGAGUUGGGAGAGAUUGUUGCGAAUCGGCUUUUUGAGCUGGAGCCUCAAAAUGCCGCUAACUAUGUGCUGUUGUCUGACAUCUAUGCAGCCGCAGAGCGGUGGAUAGAUGUUGCGCUUGUGAGAAGUAAGAUGAGAGAAAAGAGAGUGCGGAAGAUACCUGGUUGCAGUAAAAUUUAGUCCAGGGAUGAGUUGUUUAGGUAUUUUGAGCUUUCACAAUUCCAUGUAUGAAGUUAUGAAUUGGAUAAUUUGGUUGCAGAACAUGGAAAGUGAAGCGAAUUGGUUUUGUUGGUCUGUACUCUGGAAGCAUAGCAGAUGCACCAUGGUUGUUAAAUUGUAAAUGGAGUUGACAGGAUUAAAGUUUACUCCAGUUUUCACCUAUAUACUGUGAUGUAUCUGCCAAGCUUUGGGUCUUAAUUUUGCUAUACGGGUGUUUAUAAAGCAACUUCUUUGCUGCUCUGGAUUUUUGUACGUGCCUAAACAAACAUGUCGCAAUGCAAUUCUGACUGAAGGGAUUAUCAAGGGCAGAUUUAAGCUACAGUCGUCUGCAUGGUUGUAAAAGGGAUUUUGUCAAGUCUUGGGUGUAAAUUGUAGUAGUCUGCAAAGCAGAAAACUACUUUAUCAUUGAUUUGGCUGAAAUCUGUGGCAUAAAACUCUGAAAUUUUUGUUGUCAGGUUGCCACAUUUUUUUUAACCAUCCAAAGGCCACAAUUUAUUUAUUAUUUAUGAAGAUGCUAUUAUUUUUGGAAA